AUGGUGUUAUCAAAUAUCUGCAAAAAAAAGGGUUUAACUACCUCGGACAUUCAUGUUGACAGGGUUGCUAUAUUAGGGGAUGAUGCUCCAGCUUUAUCAACACCGCAAAAGUGGACAGCUGAAUUUAGGAGAGGAAUGGAGAGUCUUGAAGGUGACCCAAGGCCUGGAUGUCCUGUAACUGGCAACACCAAGGAAAACAUUGAUCAUAUUCGCCACAUGGUGAUGGACAACAAGCAACUGACAAUAAAUCAAAUAACCAAUGCUAUUAGUAUAUCCUGUGAUGGAGUUGAGAAUAUUCUGCACAAUCAACUGGGCAUGACGAAGGUUUCUACUCAGUAG